UGUCAAAAUGAAAAGUUGCCUCCCGAACCAGUUUCUCGCCAAAACCUCCCCAAACAAUAGCCACUAUAAAAGCGACCAAACCCAAAAGUCUAGCACAUUCGUCGACCAACUCCCAGACAAACACAAAAAAUGGCAUUCAGGCUCGUAGUUUUGUGCGCCGCUUUGGCUUGCGCCAACGCCGGUUACCUCGGUGCUUACAGCGCCGCCCCCGCCCUCGCCUACGGCGCCGCUCCCUUGGCCGCCCCCGUCCUCGGCAGCACCUUCCACGGCCGCCUCGCCGCCCCAGCUGUGGCUUACGCCGCCCCCGCCUUGGCCGCCCCCGCCAUCACCUCCCAGCACUCCAACAUCAUCCGCAGCUUCGGCAACUUGGGCCAAGUCUCCACCUACUCCAAAUCCAUCGACACCCCCUUCUCCAGCGUCCGUAAAGCCGACAUCCGCGUCUCCAACCCCGGAGUGAGGUUCGCCGCCGCCGCCCCCGCCAUCGCCUACGGCGCCGCCCCAGCCUUCAGCACCUACCACGGAGCCGUCGCCGCCCCAGCCUACAGCGCCUACCACGCGCCCGCCGUCGCCGCCUACCAUGCCCCAGCCAUCGCCGCCCCUGCCGUCGCUGCCUACCAUGCCCCAGCCAUCGCCGCCCCCGCCGUCGGUGUUGCCUACUCCGCCGCCCCCGCCGUAGCUCACUUCAACUACGCCUCUGCUUACAGCAACUACGGCUGGUAAAUAAUACACCACAAUGACUGCGUUUUUUAUUUAUUGUUACAUUUAUUUAUUUAUUUGUCUCAAAAAUAAAGAAUAAUAUUUAAGUGAAAA